UGUUGCUGUUGCUGUUGCUUUUGCUGUAAUUGCGAUUGUUGUACCUGCUGUGGUGAGUUGUGUGUGGUGGUGUGGUAAAAAAGCUUUGCCAAGUGGCAAGUUCAUGUGUAGGUACACAAUUGUGUCAAUCCGAGAGUUUAUAUGUGGUUAAGUGUCUGUCUCUGUGUGUGUGUGCGUGUGUGUGUGAAUGAGUGUGGCACGUUCAUAUUUUUGCAUGCGAUUGAAACUUUUCCAUGCAACACUCGCAGUUGAAUGCAACAUCCCAAUCCAAUUCAAGAAAACCGUAUGAAUAACUCAGAAAAAAGCGUCGAACAGUUUUCGUAUUUCGGCAAAUAUUCUGGACAUUGCGAGUGGUCAACGGUGCGGCGACCGAUCUCGAUGUCUCCGCAAUUAGAUAAUGCUUAAGUUACCAAAAGGUUUAAAAAAGAAAAAGAAGAAGUCGAAAAAGGAUCAAGAACUCUUCACCGAAGAGGAGCUCGAGCAGUACAAACGUGAUCUCAAAGCCAAACAGGAGGCGGCCGCAAACAAAUCAGAAGCUGGCGAAUCGGACGCAGCAUCAGACGUCGAGGGUGCAGCAGCAACAUCCGCCUCCAGCCAGCCAGCGGCUGCCCAGGAGCAGCACCAGCACCAUUCGCAUCAUUCGCAUCAGCAUCAGCAGCAACAGCAGCAGCAGCAGCAAACCGCUGACGCCGGCGACGAGGAAUGGGCCAAGUUUAAGGCGCUAACCUCGGGCGUCGAUACUAUACUACACAAGACACAGGACGAGCUCGAUCGCAUCAAGAAGGAGUCCUUCUAUCAGCGUCUGCCAUCGGCAGCCGAAAAGAAGAAGCAGGAAGACGAGGAGGCCGCUCUCCGCGAAGCGCAGCGUCUCGAACGCGAACGCCAACUAGCCGCCGAACGGGAGGCGAACCGCGACAAGCUAGCGGAGGCCGUUGUCGAGCUAUCGGAUUCGGACGACGAGCAGCAGGACGACGUUGAUGACAUCUUCGCCACCGACUACAUUGAGGCAAUUACUAGUGGUGAGGUUCAAUUAGGCAUCGUACCCGAUUCUCCCGUUCUCGAUCUAGACGACGGACCCGAUCCCUUCGAUACCGCCUACGCGGAGAAGGUCAUCGUUGGCGCCGACAAGGCCAAGACCAACAAGAAACUAGUCAGUCUCGGCGCUGCCGUCGAGGUAUUAUCUGGCCGCGUCGAUCGCGAACACGCCCUCGCCUUAGCCAAUCCAAAGCGUAAGUUGCGCAAGGGCAUUCAGAAUCUAUUGCUCAGCGAGAGCGUCGAUCAGGGCGAUACCGAGGCGGAUCUCUUAGGUGCCGAGCCGCAACACAAUUUACUUGACGAUCUCGUCGAUGACGUACCCGAAUGUGUAGGGCCCAUUGAUUUAAGUGUAUCGCUGCAUUUGCAUUUGAUCAAGCCCCAAAAGGUCGACGAAGACGAGGAGGGAGGUGAAGCGGCAUUUGGCGCACUCAAUCCCGAUUUAGCCGAGUUUGAUGCACUUAAGGACGAGGAGGACGACGAAUUUGCCGAACUAGCUGCCGAAUCUUUAAUCAAAAAGGAGGAUAUUACCAUAGUCAGUCAGGUCGUAGCGCCCCCAGCGGAGCUACUCGCCGAAGCCGCCGCCGAGGCCAGCUGGGCAGAGUUUGAAGCAGAGACCGAAGAGGAGACAUCAGGUAAACCAAAGCGUCCGCCGCCGCCGGUGCGUCCAGCGACAGGGCCGCACAUUGUGCCCGGUGCUAUCUACGUCAGCGACGACGACGAGGAGGACAAUCUAGACGACGAUCCGUUCAAUACCAACUACGCGGAGCAGGUGAUCAAAAAGACAACCGUACUCGAGCAGGACGACGAUUUCGAUCCACGAGCCGACGAGGAACUAGCUGGCAGCUCGACACUACAAGCGCCCAGUCGUGAUUUAUUGGCUGGCAGUGCUACCGAUCUAAGUAAGGUGGUGCCAGCACCACUUGCUCCCACACUCAGCGUCGAUCAGCAGGAGGAGCCACAGGACUUUGAUCCCUUCGAUACAUCGGCCAUCAGUGCUCUUGUUCAGCCUAAGGCCACCGAGCUGCGAUUUCUGGAACGUGAGCUGCUCAACGAAACCGGUUCGAGUCUCAAGCACUCGCUCAGCGAUCCCGACUUUGAUCCGCGGGCCGGUCAGCCAGAAGAGCAACCGGUUGCCGCACCAGCUCAGGUAUCUGUUGCGGAGCCGGAUCUCGACAGUGCACGGCGAAAAUCGUCACUGAGCUUGAAUAUACAGGCGAGGAGCGUUGGCUUUUUGGUGCCGUCACAGGACUUGCUUGCCGCUGGUAAUGAGGGUAUUGUGGGUGCCAACAAGAAGCCACUGACACCCUACUACGCACCUACUGCGCAGUCCAUUUCCGAGCGCGAAUCGGACGAUCCAUUCGACACAUCGUAUGUGCCUGAGGCGAAGCUCAGUGACAUUGAGUUGAAGCACAUUGAAGCCGAUCUUAUUGCCGAGCCGACACUGAAACAGAGCUUAUCCGAUCCCGACUUUAAUCCACGUGCACCGCCCACGCCGGUGCCAGCGGAGGUGCUGCUGGCCGUCGAGGAGAACAUCAACAUAAAGGUACUAACGCCCGCCCAGGAGCGCAGGCAUCUGCCUAGCAGCGAUCAGGAGCUUGACCCAUUUGACACAUCGAUAGCAGCCAAUCUACAGCCCGGCCAGACGGAACUCAAACUGCUCGAGAACGAGCUGCUCCCCGAGAGCGGAAGCAAGCAAGAAAAGCCCGGAGCUCUACUCGAUACCCAGAGCGACGCACAGGAGCUGGGAUUGGGCGAUAAGGUGCUGACGCCGUCGCUGCCAAAUCGCACAACGCAGCAGCAGCUGGAACAGCAACAAGAGGACAUUGAUCCAUUUGACACAUCCAUUGCGGAGAAUCUCGCACCUGGCGAAACGGAAAUCAAGCUGCUCGAGAGCGAGCUGAUUGAGCGAUAA